AUGAGCUCUGAACAAGCGGAAAUACACGACAUAACUGCAGCUUUUGAGGGUGAACGACCCCUGAUACUUGGCGCUACUUUCGCUAACGAGAAGACAAAUAGCGCUUAUUAUAGGUUUCAUCGUAUGGUCGGCGAAUACAAGUUAAACGAAAUAAAUUUCAAACGGACAGGCAAAUUACAUUAUGAUGAUGGUGGUACAUAUCGUGCCGAGUAUGAAAGCUUAACGAAAUCUGCAGAUAAACAUAUACUGACCGGUAAGGUAAAUAACGAAGAGUUGCCAAAAGAAGCGGGACGACAAGCUCUCUUGAUAUUCGAUGAAAAAACGCAGAACUGGACCCUUGAACUUCUUGACAAAACCAUCACUUUUAAACACCAAGACCAGAGCGAACUUCCAUCGCCCCAAGAUCGCAACUCGCCUCAGCAUGAUUCGAAUUAUCGUCAAAUAGCCGAGGCAUUCGACAGAGAAAUGGAUAACUUGGAUUCAUCUGACGACGAAGAUAAUCCGAUUAAGAAAGAAGAUGUGCCCAUCGAGAAUGGAGACGAAUUUAAGGAUGUCUACAUCGAAGACGAAUUAGAAGAAGUUGAACAUCCUUUCAGGGCUGAUGAGCUACGACAGAGAGAUAGAACAAGUGGAGAGGAAGAUGACGACGACUCUACCUUGUCUGCCGGCGCUACUGGUACUUCAAGUGAAGAGUCAGCCUCUGACGACUCUGACGAUGAUUCAGAAGAAGAUCUAGCCAAUAUGCUAAUUAAAGAUCUGGAGAAUGAAAGCAAGGUCAACCAUCAGGACAAGGAAGAAACUGGAAUUAAGGAAAAGUCAAGUGGUCGCACCACUGGAAACAAGUCUGUCAACCAAAGAGUUAUAGAAAAUGCAAAACGGUUUGAGGGUUCAAAAAAUUCAGGAAAGCCUCGCGGAGGGCCGAUAUCUCUUGGAAGUUACUUGGGGGAGGAGGAUGAGAAUAAUCAGGCGGAUGAUGGGAAUAGUAGUAGUGGUAGCAGUUCAUCUUUAUCAAGCACUGAAGAUUGA